GGGCGUGGGGACUCGCUGUCCGCCUACAUCAAGGACAUGUCGCACCUCGACAUCCUGACGCAGAUCACCAUGCGCCAGAACCUGCACCGCAUGACGUCGGCGGCGGCGUCCGACUGCUCAGACGACCUGCCGCUCGCGCAGCAUGGGGAGUGUAUGAGGGAAGAUGUUUUCAGUCAUACGAUUGUUGCCUUGCGAGCUAUUGAAGUGGUCUACGAGUUGCAUCCCAAAUGUGACGGCCGGCCCGUGUUUCAGGUGGCUGCCGAGGAGCGCGAGACGAGGCAGGUCAUGGACUUCCCCGCGGAGCUCUGCCUCAUGGAGCGCGUGGCGCCCGAGAAACCGCCCUCCCCGGCGCCGCCCC